UUUGUACCCAACACAACCACUCUUUCCUGAUCCAGUCGCUCGAUGAUCCUUCUCGUACUUGUUGUCUGCGUGCUUGUGAGCGUCGCCUCAGCUACCUCCAGCCUGCCUGUGAUCUUCUUCCAUGGCGCCACCAUGACCUACGAGGCUGGGAAUAACUUUGUGGCCAACCUGACUGCAGGAGGGCGCACUGUGGUGUCGCUCUCAUUCUGCGAUGGUACUUGCUCGGUUAAAUCUCUCCUGCUCCAAGUUCCAGAGGCUCUGAAGGCGGUGCAUGAGGUGGUAGUGAACAACUCGGUCUUCGACAACGGCUACAUCUUCAUCGGCCAUUCGCUCGGUGGGGCUAUUGCUCGUGCCGUGAUCGAAGAGAUGGACGACCACAAGGUCACCCGCUUUAUCAGUCUGGCUGGUCUUCAGAACGGUCAAUUCAUCGGACCAAGUGACGACGUGGAGGAAUCUAUUGCCAAUGGUGCGCUCUUAAAUGCGUAUUUACCCGAGAGUGUUUUCAACUUCAGCGUCUACGGGCCCAAGGAUUACUACGGCAAGAUGCAAAAAGCCGUCACUUUACACACGAUCGAGAACCCGGACGUCCAGUAUCAACAUUCACUUUUUAACACUUACCGCUGGCCGCAGUUGGGUAGCUUCUCGACUGCCAAUUUCUUCCUGGCCGUGUACAACAACCUGAACCUUUGUCUUCCCGGUAAUGAUGAGUGCAUCAACGACCAACACCGGCGCAAGGCUAACUUCCUGAAGCUAGAGCAAGCUCACUUCUUUGCCUCGCCAGCCGAUGCAAUUCUUAGACCAUGGCAAACCUCCAUUUUUGGUCGCUACUCGGACGUGGACACUAUUGAAGAGAUCGAGACGAAGUUCAACAACUUGACGGUGCUGGAAAUGAAGGAUACACUUGAGUAUACCUCUGACACAUUUGGUCUACAGUCGCUGAAUAAGCGCGGAGAUCUUUUUAUUCAUGAGAUUGCGAACACUUCCCAUUUGUGCUGGGUCGAAGACGAGGGUGACUGCGUGUGGGAGACGGUGUACGACCAGCACAUCUACUCCACCCUUGGGUAAGAACUCUUGGAGUUCUCGAUUCGCGAAAUAAAAAUUGCCACGCGUUGCGAAGAUAAGCAAUUCAAUUCAAUACAUUCAUCGCAAGAUAACAUACAUGCCGCUGCAAAGCUUUCAUUCGCCUUCCUUGUUAC